AUGCCUCAACAAAAGACAUCCUCACUGAAGACCUAUUUUGACGAGAUAGAAGAGACCAAAGGUGAUGAUGAAUGUAAAGCUUGGUUAGGUAGAGUCCUUGACUCAAGAGAUGAAUUGGAAUCGGAAAAUACGUUGGGUUUCUUCAACUUAAGCUUCCGCUUCAGCUUCAGCGAUGGACCGGAUGCUAUCAUUCGGUUCCCAAAGCCAGGACACACGGCUACAGCUUAUAGGGACGAAAAGGUCGUGAAUGAGGCCCAGAUCAUGGAAUACCUCCGCCAGAACACCGAUAUUCCUAUCCCUCGUGUUCACAGCUGGGGCUUAACUGCUGAGAGUCCACAACACCUUGGUCCAUUCAUCAUCAUAGACUAUACUGUCUUAAAGCAACUAGACCAAGAAGGCGUGGUUCUAAACCCGCACAUCGACAACACAACACACUGGAUAAGAUCUAUCAUCAAAUCGCCAGUUACCUGUUUCAGCUCUCUCAACUUGCGUUUCCUAGGAUCGGAGCCAUCUCAAAGGACGCUUUAG